CUGCUUUCCAUACGGGGCGGGGUGGCGCUCAGUCCGGCGCACAGUGCACAGCGCACCGUCACCAGCGGCUCUCCCUGCACCGUCUGUCCUCUGACUCGACAACAUGGGUCUAGAAAAGGAAAAAUCGGACUGCAAUAUAAUUAUGGACGAAGAUGAGUUUAACAGAUCGAUAGAACCCAUUCUGUCGAAGAAGGGGAAAGUUUAUACAGCGGAGCCGGACCGAGAUCCAAACGAUAUCAACGCGCAUUUGAAGGUUGAUUUUGGAGAUGUCAUCGCAGAGCCCAUCUCUACACACAGCUUCGACAAAGUGUGGAUAGGAAGCCACGCUGCGUUUGAGCUGGUCAAAUUCAUCUUUUACCGCCUGCUGACCACGCUGCUGGCCGUGCCCAUGGCUUUCAUCCUUGGACUGGUCUUCGGGGUGCUCAGCUGCAUCCACAUCUGGUUGGUGAUGCCGGUGAUCCAGAGCCUCAUGAUGCUCCUACCAUCAGUCCAAGUAGUGUGGAGGAGUCUGACAGACAUGUUCAUAACACCGCUCUUCCACAGUAUGGGAAAGAGCCUGUCCUCCAUUCAGAUGAAAUCCACAGAGUACUGAUGCUGCAGACACCUCUCUGUCCCCUGCAGAGACAGAAAUGUAGGACAGAUUGCAGUCAAAGAGAGUGAAUGAUGCUUGUAGUGUAAUACAUGAGCUCUUUAUAAAGUCAAAUGUGAAAUCCUGAAGAGUCCUGCAUAAAGUACUAUAAAUUACCAAAACAAUUAGGCUUAGUAAUGGAUCAUUUGCAGGGAAAAGACCUCUUCAAAGCUGGGCUUAAUCUACUGUAUGUUACAUAUAAUUGAAUAUAUUUCAAUGUUUAGUAAGAACUUAAUACAUAUUGAAUAUAGUCAUUGAAGGUUGUUAAAACAACAGUUAUCUAUCUAGAAAUCUUUAAAGAAAAAGGACUUUUUCAUCAAAUGUACCCCAGUUUUAGCCUACCUGCUGUGAUGUCAUUUAACCUGCAAAUCAACAAAACCAUGCACUUGGUCCUUUAGGGUUUACUAGUCACAUCACUAUAGGGAAGUAUAUGAUCGUGAUACUUUUGGGGAUUUUAUGAAAAGCUCAUGUGUUCCACCCAAAAUGGAGUUGUUUUGCUGAUUGUGACCAAAAAAAAAAAAUUCUUGUCAUUCCAUUACUUUGUGACUCAGAGAGCCGUGGAAUCAGUUGGAGGAGUGUAACAUUGUUGUUAAGUCAAACAUACUUGCUGAGAGAUGUAAUAUUUCUGCUUUUUCAUAUAUUGUAUAUAUUGCAAGUAAUUCAGCUAGAAGUUGAAUAUAAUAACGUGAAUUAGAGUCGCAGAGGAGUUCACAUGAAUAUUAAAUGCUAAGAUGCGGCUUGUUGCACAUUUUCAGGCUUAUUGUACUGUCUGCUGUGUUGAUUUCACAGUGCAUUGGCAAUAAUAUUGGGCAUUUGCUUUUUUAUGAAUGAAAGCUAUACAUAAUAGAGUUGUUUUAACAUGUUAUUUUAACUGUCAAAAAAAACAGGAUUGGAUAUCUUUGAAAGGGUGGCUUUCUAAUUUAUUAUUUAUGCGACGACCAAUUCUCAACAUUUGGCGGUAUCUGACAAAAGAGGACUUCAGUUGAGUAAAUGUAGUGUGUUGAAGGCGUCCCACAUGUCGUACUGUGUUUGGUUGAGCUGAGAGUCCUGUACAUGCAUAUUUAAUUUAGAGGUUGUUGUUUGCUUCAGCACUGGGAGUUAGUAUCUGGGUUUUGGAAUAUUUCUAUAGCCAGAAAGGAUCAACCAUUAUUUUUCCUCUUUGCAGGGGACUUGAUAAAAGUUGAGUUUCAGGUACAAGCCUGUGCAGUUCCCACUUGCUAUGAGCUGUACAAUCUAAACAUUAGGGUUAGGUUGGGGUUAGUCUAUAUCCUCGAUGUUCCACUUCCGGGAUUGCUCUGGUGCAGCUGGAAAUUCCGCCGGAUGCAUGUAUUUUCGCCAAUGUCCGUUUCCUUCCUCUUUCUUUGUGUUGUAAUUUUAAACUCCGGUGGAUUUAUGAGGACUAUGGCUAACUGCUCCUCAGAUCUCUGCAUGUUAAAUUGAGACAGCUAGCUAGACUAUCUGUCCAAUCUGAGUUUUCUCUUGCACGACUAUUUUACAACGGCUCGGUGUGGAGUGUGGUUGGUUUAAAGAAAUGCCAAUAAACCAGAGCAGGUUUUUCUCCCAUCCUGGAAUGCUAUGUGGACUAGCCAGACCACUCAGACUCAUCCACUCGGCAGCGUGUGGAUGGUCUGGCAAAGCGAAACUAGGUUGGGGUUAAAACGCAGGGUUGGGGUUAGGGUUAGGGUUGGGGUUAGAAGUUGACAUAGAGAGAAUCAGUGUAUGGAGCUGAGUGUCAGGUAUAUAUUGAUACUGAUUUGUCAUAAGUGCAAACCAACGUCAGAUAAACAGACACAUACAACAUGUUGGAGUGUUUUUGUGAUCCUUUUUUCUCUUGAGAAACAUCUGGUUGUUCAGAUCCUAGAUGUGCCACUUUCAUUAGUAGCUCGUUGCUAACUUUGUCUGCCAUUUGGUGCUGGACAGGCAGUGUCAAAACAGCUGCCUGCUGCUUCUUGAAACAGGGUUGCUGAGGUCACAGAGAGUGAAUCAUUCAGCAAAAGUGCUGUUAAAACCAAAUUAAUGAACUAAAAGCAGCUAUAAAGUUCAGUAGCGCUGCAGGCUUGGCUGAUAAAUCUCUGUGUGUUCCUCACUGCAAGUGACAGCUUUUACAUUACAGUAUAUGAACCCAUUGUAAGGCAUGACUGGUCAUGGCUAAAUGUGUUGUUCCAGACAAUCUCCCCAAAAAACAGAAUAAGCUGCCAUGGUAAAGUGCUAUUCCAACAUAUGAUUUCAGGAAAUAAAGAUGAAUUAUCAUUGUACUGAAAUACAGAUUGUCACAAAGUGAGCAUAUGAACCAAUAAUCCUGUUACAGUUACAGUAAAGUAUGCAGUUUGAGGGGAUUAUGCAGAUUUUCUAGGAAAAAGGGAGACACAUUUACAUUUGCCUUUUCAACCAAUCCAACUUGUUAGUCAACAUUGCAGUGCGAGGUCCGAGCUAACCUCCUGAACUUCUAAACUUAAAGACUGACAGAUUUGCCUUCUGACACAAUGAAAGAUAGACACUGUAUGACGAGAUGUUUUGUUUCCAGCUGACAACUGAAGGCAGCAGUUCUGUCAGAGCUUUUUAAUCCUUUCACAGAUGUUAGACUGCUGACAAGCUGCAUGCCAAUUAGCUGUGUUUAGUUUUUCAACUCUGAGAGGAGAUUCAAGGUAGGGUUGUGCAAUAGUGGAAGACGCAGGUGUGUAGCUAAAGCUUUUUCUCUCCUCUGGAACACCAUGCAGCACUAAUCAACCCCACAUAAAUAAAUCAUAAUGUGACAUGCAUCUGCCAGUAAAAAACAAUAAUUUUAUUUCCUCAAUCUUUUUUAUCUGUUGCUUUGUAAUACUCGUUUUGGAGCUUUUGCUUUAACAUGCUCAAAUGUGUUCUUCACGACCAAAAUAAAGACAUUUUUUUUCCUCAAGA